UUAUUCAUCUUUGCUUUGCUAGCUGUUGGAAUAAGUUUGGCAACCAUAUGUGAACUAUAUAUAUUGGUCAUUCAGUUCAGCCUCUCUCUAUAAUCAUCUAUAUAUAUGGCUGAGAAUGUCAUUGUCAACUUCAAUCCAGGAACAACAAAGUCUGGAUGUUUAAAGAGGGCUUGGUCUAUUAUGCAACGAUUGUGUGUGUGUGUGUGUGUAUAUAUAUGUAUGUAUGUAUGUAUGUAUGCCCCCAUGUACUUUAAUUUGGAAAUUCUUGAUCGAUUAAAGCCACACCAGAGAAGUUUAGUCAUCCUAUAAAGCUUCACAAUAUUGGGGUUGAAGCUUCAAACUGUUUGAUAUAAUUACCCAGAGAAGUUUAGUCAUUCAGAACUCAAUGCCAAGCAUUGACUGACUAAUAAUGAUGUUGGGAUGUUAUUAUUUUCUUACCCUUUUUGUCUUUGUUGCGCUAAUUUGGUCCAUCUGUUGAUUGGGUAAAAAUUUGUUAUGACUUUUAUUGUCACAGUUUAUGAUAAAUGAAGACAAUUGUAGUUUGCUUUCAACUGAAACUGUCAAAAAUAGAAGACUUUGCAACAUGCAUAGAAAAGUUGUACUGUGUCAUGUGAUACAACAUAGAAAAAUCCAACUUCCAUCUUUGUUUUGUUGUUGGCCUAGUCCGUCAAUUCCUUGUAGUCAAGACUCUCUCUGUGUAUGUGUGUGUGUGUGUCUUUGUGUGUGUGUUUUGCUGGUGAGUUAUGGGGAUUUUGAGCUUCUCUUUCUUUGUUCUCUGUAUGUUUGAAAUUGUAGCUGCACAACCAGUCACUCCUCCAGAUGAAGUGGCUGCUCUCAAUAAGACGUUAGAUUCCUGGAGUUUGAGAAUAAGUUCAAAUUUCAACGUUGACCCCUGCACCCAGAAUGCACCAUGGGCAGCCGAGAAUGCAAAUCCCCGAAUCGUUUGUGAUAACUGCACAGAAACCACCUGCCAUAUUACCCUUCUGUGGGUAAAUGCUUUGGACAUUUCUGGUGAAAUACCCAAAGAACUAUUUGUGCUGAAGGAACUGAAGGACUUGAAUAUUGGUCAGAAUUUUUUAAGUGGCCCUAUCCCUGCUGAAAUUGGGCAGUUUUCUAAUUUGCAAUACCUGGGCCUAAACACAAAUAAUCUGACUGGUCGCAUUCCCCCUGAGCUAGGCAAUCUCACCAAGUUGAUUUCUCUAAGUUUUAGCAAGAACAAUUUCCAUGGACCCUUACCCACUGAGCUGGGAAAUUUAACCUUCUUAGAGCAGCUGUACAUCGGUAGCAGUGGAGUGAGUGGACCGAUCCCAUUAGAACUAUCAAAUCUGAAAUCCCUCCAGAUUCUGUGGGCAUUUGAUAAUCUUUUAACUGGAAAGCUUCCUGAAUUCUUUGGAACUUUUACAGCUCUCAAGGACCUGAGAGUUCAAGGAACAAAGCUCGAAGGCCCAAUUCCGAAUAGCUAUGGUGCUCUAACAAAACUGGAGAAUCUGAGAAUAGGUGAUCUUGGUGAGGAAGAUUCUUCGCUUAAUUUCUUGGAGAACCUGACAAAUUUGUCAAUACUAUCCUUGAGAAACUGUCGAGUGGCUGGCCAACUCCCGGAAAAACUUAGCACCUUCUCGAACUUGCGACUCCUGGAUUUGAGCUUCAACAAGUUGACAGGUCAAAUACCAAACUCAUUCCAAGACUUUGCUUCACUACAAUAUUUAUUUCUCGGAAGCAAUGACUUGAGCGGCGAGCUACCUCCAAAUAUUAUAAAUCAGAAGCUUGUUGCAUUAGAUGUCUCCUUCAAUUCCAUCUCUGGAAAUUUACCACAACAUUCUUCCAAAGCAGGAUUAUCUGUCAAUGUAGUCGGAACUUCCAUCAAUGCAGACGGUUUACUGGACGAGAAAACAUCCAUGAUGUUGAAUUGCCUCCAAGACAAUAACAAGUGCAGCAACAGAGUUCCGGCCACUUCAUUUUCUAUCAAAUGUGGAGGCACGGAACAAGUAUCUGUAUCUAGCAUCAUAUUUGGUGAUGAUUCAGAAACACUGGGAGCUGCCUCAUUGUAUGCUAGCUCUGAUAAUCAGUGGGCAGUAAGCAACACCGGGAUCUUCAUUAAGAACCCAAAUGAACUUCAAUAUAUAGCAAAGACAGGUUUCCAUAUAACAGAGACUUCAGAGUCUGAACUAUAUAAAACAGCCAGGAUUUCACCUACCUCGUUGAGGUACUAUGGACUUGGUUUGAAGAAUGGGAAAUACAGCAUUGAGCUUCACUUUGCAGAGAUCCAAAUGGAUGACUCUCGGUCUUGGAAAGGUCUGGGGAGGCGCUUAUUUGAUGUUUACAUUCAGGGCGAAAGGGUUCUUCAAGAUUUCAACAUUCAAAAAGAAGCAGGUGGAUCCCAUCGAGCAUUGGUAAGAACAUUUGAGGCAAACGUGACGAACACAGUCAUGGACAUCCAUUUCUUUUGGGCUGGGAGAGGCACAUGCUGCAUUCCAUUUUAUAGCACAUAUGGACCUUUAGUGUCAGCUAUCCAUGUUUCUCAAGAGUCCAAUGAUUUUGGUUCUUCCAACCGCGACAAAAAAGACGUUGGAAAAAUUGUUGGAAUAUCAGUUGGAUGUUCAGCUGGGGUGAUAAUAAUGUCUGCUGUAAGUUACUUAUGGUGGAAGAAGUAUACUCGAGGACACAAGCAGCAAGUUGAUACGAACUCACCCCGGGAAGGAUAAUUCUUAUGAUGGCCCCUUCUGCGGGUGUGAUAAUAGACUUAUUAUGGUAUCUCCUUCACCAUCAACAGUUGCAGGGUUAAUAAGGUGCCAAUUCAAGGUUCUUCAUGUGAUAUUCUCGGUUUGUUUUGCUUUUCUUGCUCUCUUUAUCCCACAUCGACUGCACUCGUGUUCAUGAGACUAUUUCUUAAAAGUAUUAGUUGACAUGAUUUUCAGUGAAACCAUUUAGAAUGUCAAAGCAAAUGUUCAAAAUUUUGAUUUUGAAGAUUUUAUAUGUCAUUCAUCCAAGUGUGUUUUUGAUACUUAAUUGAUUGAUGAAAUCAUAAAUUUCUAUGA